AACGCCUCCUGGGUGGAGGAGCUCCCCGCCUGCCUGAACACGCUCCUGGUGCGGGGGUGGCAGGUCCUGGCAGGCACCAGAGGCACUGAUGGAGCCACGGUGGCAGUACCAGUUCCGGGUAAUCAUGCUGGGGGACUCGACAGUGGGGAAAUCCUCACUGUUGCGGCGCUACACCGAGGGUGUUUUCCUGGACGCUGUCAACCAGACGGUGGGGGUGGACUUCUACGUCCAAUUCGUGGAGCUGGAGCCAGGGGUGCAAGUGAAGCUGCAGUUCUGGGACACAGCCGGGCAGGAGAGGUUCAGGUCCGUGACUCGCUCCUACUACCGCAACUCGGCUGGGGGGAUGCUGCUUUUCGACAUCACCAACCGCGCGUCCUUUGAGAGCAUCCGACAAUGGCAUCGAGAGGUGACUGACAUGAUCCAGCCUGUCCGCAUGGUCUUCCUGCUGGUGGGACACAAGAGUGACCUGGCUGGGCAGCGCCGGGUGGGCCAGAGGGAGGCGGAGAAGUUGGCGGCCUCACUGGGUGUCCAGUAUGUGGAGACCUCAGCCAAAGAUGCUUCCAAUGUGGUCCAGGCCUUCCAGAUGCUGACGGUGGCCAUUUACCAAGCGCUGCAGACGGGGCGGUUGGUGGCCACCGAGGCGUGGGACGGGGUGAAGAGCAGCGUCCCACUGCCGGUGCUGCCCAGGGCUCAGGCACUGGAGGAGGAGGAAAAGCGGAAGAGAUGCUCGUGCUAG